ACCAAUCAUAUCCAUCUUCAAAUUCUUAUAUUACAUCUUUCAGCACUCAUCACAAGCAAAACUUUCACAUCUCUUUGUUAAUCAAUUAUCUCCUUGCAAAAAUGGGUCUUAUGCGUUCAAUGGUUUCACAAUCAAAGCAAAUUCUCAAACUACACUCUCUAAGAAACCAAUCAUCAUCCGUAGUUCCUAAAGGACAUUGCGCUGUUUAUGUCGGAGAAACCGAGAAGAAGAGGUUUAUUGUUCCUCUAUCUUACUUGAACCAUCCUUCAUUCCAAAACUUGUUAAGUUGUGCAGAGGAAGAGUUUGGGUUCGAUCACCCAAUGGGAGGACUUACAAUUCCUUGCAACGAAGACGCUUUCAUUGAUCUGACUUCUCAAUUGAAUUCUACUUGAGAAUUUAGAUAAUCAGAUAGCAGUAGCUUAAUUGUAGAUAAAUUUUUUUAGCAAAGGGUUGUAUUCCAACCCAUGUAACAUACUACUUUUUUUCUUGGGAAGAGUAUAAUUCAAAUACUCUCCCAUCGAAAGUACCAAUUAAUACAAAAUUUUCUCAUUUCGAUAAUUCCAUCUUUUAUUUUGCUUCAA